CAGUCACCAUGUUUUGCUUCAUGGAGCUCCCUUUGAAGUUAGAGACAGCCCUGUCCCUAGUGUGGCUGGAUUUGAAGGUGCAGUGACCAACCCAAUCACAGCAGAAGAUCGAAGCCUCCUUCCUGUCAUCCAAGGCAACAUAUCAAACCCAUCCACUGGUCGGACAAUGGCUAAGGCGUGUGUCUUUCUUGAUAGUGGUGCCUCCCUUUCACUGAUAAAGGAAAGCACGGCAAAGAACUUGGGACUUCCAGGACAAAACCUCACGGUGACCAUUGGGAAAAUUGGAGCGUCCGAGGAGGAGUUUUGUACAAAACUUUAUAGUCUGAUCGUGCAAUCAGUCAAAGGGGGUCCAAGUUUCAGAAUAGAGGCUAUAGGUAUUCCCGAAAUUUGUGGUGAGAUCGCUAAGGUGAACACAGAUGUUUUAGCACAGCUGUUUGGGGUGGAAAAUGGUGAACUUCAUCGUGGUUCUGGUCACCCAGAUUUAUUGAUUGGUCUGGACUUCGUUAAAUUUCAUAGUGGUGAGACAACGGUAAAAGGGGAUGUAGCACUUAGGAAAUGUCCAUUAGGCCCAGUGUUAUUUGGAAUCGGUGAGGGAAUUGGGCAGAAAGCUGGCAUUCAUCUCCUGCAAGAGGUUCAUCGUGCUCCUGAUGUCAGUCUUAAGGAAUUCUGGUCUGCUGAGGAAAUGGGGAUUGCUCUGAAUCCAUGCUGCUUGGAAAGCCCAGGUGAGAAAAAGAUGACUCCCAUCGAGAAAGCAGAAGAUGAGAUGAUCCGAAAAUCAGCAAUCAAGGUUGGAGAGCGAUGGAUGAUUCCUAUUCCAUGGAAAAGGGACCCACGAGAGCUUCCUGAUAACUACACUCAAGCACUGGCAAGAUUACAGUCCACCGAAAAGAAGUUAAGACAGAACGAUGAGUAUGCGCGGAUGUAUCAGGGACAGAUCGAUGACCUUGUUGCACGAGGGUGUGCUAGGAAACUUACCACAGAGGAGAUCGAAACCUACAAUGGUCCGGUAUUUUAUCUGAGUCAUCACGCUGUCCUCAGGCCAGAAAAGGAAUCUACACCUUGUCGGGUUGUCUUCAACAGCGCAGCAAAUUUUCGUGGUCACUGUCUGAAUGAGUACCAGUGUAAAGGACCCAACCUGCUGAACAGCCUCCUGGGAGUGAUCAUGAGAUUCCGCGAAAAACCCAUUGCGAUAUAUGGGGACAUCUCCAAGAUGUACCAUUCGAUUCUUAUAUCACCAACUGUCGAUGCCAAUACUCAUAGGUUCUUGUGGCGCGACUUGGAAAACCGCCCUCCGGAUAUUUACAAAAAACUUGUGCUCACCUUUGGAGAUAAAUGUUCACCGGCAGUUGCAAACACGGCCCUCAACCUCACCGCUGAGGAAGCAGCUGCCCAGUACCCUGAAGCUGCUGAAAUGAUACUCAACUCGAGAUACAUGGAUGACAUAGCUGAUAGCUUGGAUGAUGAUGCUGAGGCAGAGCAGCGAAAAGAUGAAGCCGACCAAAUAUUGGAAAGAGGCCAUUUUCGGAUCAAAAAGUGGACAUCAAAUGCCAGCCGCCAAGAAACAGAGCCGACGACAGGAGAAAAGUUCACUCUUCUUUCAGCUGAUGACAAAGUUUUAGGCAUCUGUUGGGAUCGCGUAUCUGACACGCUUCACAUCGCUUGCAAUAAUGUCAACUUAAACGUAAAAUUAGGCAAAAUAGGAGAAGCGCUACCGCCAAUCAUGACCAAACGAAUGAUACUUAGUGUUAUAGCGGGGGUAUUCGAUGUCAUUGGAUAUGUCUCACCUUUUUUGAUCACUGCCAAGAUUGGGCUACAAAAACUGUGGCGUGAAAAUUAUGGAUGGGACGAUGAUAUUUCCAGUCAGGAGAAGGAGCUCUGGCGUCAGUGGUUCAUACAGUUGAGAAAACUAAAAGAAGUCCAAUUCGACCGAUGUCUGACCCCGACAGGUGCACAAGGGAAACCAAUUUUGAUCGUCUGUUGCGAUGCUUCGGAGCAAGCUUUUGGUGCUGUGGCCCACAUAAGAUGGCUUUUGGACACGGGAAAGUUUGAUGUGCGUUUUGUCAUGGCAAAAUCCAAAGUUGCGCCUUUGAAAUCUCUUGGUAUCCCAAAGCUGGAAAUCAAUAGCUGUGUUUUAGGGGCACGGCUAAACCACACCAUCAGAUCGAAUACACGUCUUGAUUUUGAGAAAACUGUUCUAUUUACAGACUCGAAGAUUGCAUUAGCGUGGAUUCAGUCCGAGUCCCGGGUGUAUAAGCCAUUUGUUUCCGUGAGAGUAGGGGAAAUUCAGAUGAAGAGCGACAAAGCUGAUUGGCGGCACAUCCCAUCUGAAGACAACGUUGCAGAUGAUGUCAGUAGGGGCCUUCAACUAGACCAACUUGAUGGACGUUGGAAAAAUGGAGCCAGCUUCUUGCGGCGCCCCGAGGGAGAAUGGCCAAAGGAUAGAGGGGAAAUCGUCGGGAGUACGGAGAAAACAGCCAUAGAGUCGGAAAGGAGAAAGGUGCAGAUUGUGUCAGUCACCCUUGCAGAAAUCCAAGACAGCGAAAGUUACAUCAAGAGGUUCUCAACGCUAAGAAAAGCCAUUACGAUAACGGCCAUGAGAGACAGGUUUAUAUACAACCUGAAAGCAGUACUUGGAAAACAACCCAAAAUGACAGGGGACAUCACUCUGGAGGAAAAACAAAAGGCUGAGAGAACUCUUAUACAAGAUGCCCAACGUGCACUGGUACCACUCAUGGAAAAACAGAAGUUAAACAAUCUUUCACCGACAAAGGAUGAAAAUGGAACUAUUGUAGUAAAAGGACGUACUCGGCAUUUGGUUUCGUACGACGUACACAGUCCACCCAUAUUACCGGCCACUGCGUGGCUGUCGACACUCAUAGUCCGACAUGUGCAUGGUAACUGUGGACACCCUGGGAUAGCAGCUUGUGCAGCCAAGGUGAGAAGGAAGCACUGGAUAUUGGGUGUGGCACGCCUUGCCAAAGCAGUGAAAAGAAGAUGUGUAUUUUGUCGUGAAUGGGCAGGAAAGACGGAACUACAAGUCAUGGCUGAUCUGCCAUUGUGUCGCCUACAGCCGCACACUCCACCAUUCCACUACACAUCAGUUGACCUGUUUGGGCCAAUAAACGUACGGAUAAGCCGCAAUAAGACUGAUAAAGCAUACGGUGUGCUAUUUACCUGCCUUAUGGUAAGAGCGGUUUACAUUGAUGUCGCCACUGACUACUCGACUGAAGGGUUUUUAAUGGUGCUGAGAAGAUUCUUUGCAGUAAGGGGAUACCCAACAACCCUAUGGAGCGAUCGGGGAAGCCAGCUUGUAGGAGCAGAUGCAGAGUUACGUCGUGCAGUUGAAAACUGGGAGCAAGCCGAAUUGAAAAACUUCUGCCAUGAAAGACAAAUGGAGUGGAAGUUCUUCACGCCCACUGCAGCACAUCAGAAUGGCUGCGCAGAAAGUAUGAUAAAGACGACAAAGUUGGCGAUCAAGAGGGCUAUCGGAGAACAGACUCUUACAGCACUUGAACUACAAACGGUGUUCUUCGAAAUAACGAAUCUAAUCAACUCGAGACCCAUAGGACGAUGUACUAAUGAUCCAGAUGAUGGUCCGUAUCUGUCACCAAAUGAUCUGUUACUUGGUCGUGCCAGCUCCACAAUUCCACAGGGACCGUUCUUGGAGACCAAAAAUCCACGCCAUAGAUAUGAGUUCUGUCAAAAGGUAGUACAAAACUGGUGGGUGCGUUGGUACCGCGAUGUUUUUCCUGAACUUGUGCCUCGCAAAAAGUGGCACAGCUCGGAGCGCAAUGUCUCAGUGGGGGACUACGUCCUGGUGAAAGAUCCUAAUCCUAUUCGGGGUCAAUGGAACAAGGGGCUGAUAAUAGAAGUGUUCCCAGGAGACGAUGGAAAGGUUCGAAAUGUUCGUGUAAAAACCGCGCGCGGAAAGUAUGAACGCCCAAUCACGAGGAUUGUCGUUUUGUAUCCAGUUGAAGGUUAUGAAGAUUAGUCAUGACCGCAAUACUUGACAAGUAGUUGAAAAAAUUAGGGACACUGAACUCUAUAAGAGUAUUCUGUUUGUUUCAUUGAAUACUUGGUAUUCAUAUUCCAGUCAUGAAGUUCACGUUUGAACUAGGUUUGUUCUGUUUGACAUGUUUGAAAUUUGCUAGUUUGUAUCUUUGUAAAGUUGAAUCAUUAUAUUGUAUUUCAUGUUAAAGGUAAAGGUUACCCACAAUUUCAAGUUUUAAGGGGAGUGUCCACGAAUGUCUUUGUUUCAUACUCUAGGUGAAUUCAAUAGGAGUAUCUUUAUGUUUCAUAUCCAAUGGACUCUGUCAGCGGGGGGAGGGUGGAUUAUUAGAUGUGGAUUAUGGCGCGGAAGUUUGAAUUUCCCGCACAGAUUAUUUGUAAGCGCAUGCGCACUCGCCAAACUCGAAAACAACCGGAGUCAGGAAGAACGGAGUGGUCGGGGAAAAAGGGUCGAUUUUCAUAUACUAUAUGGGCAGACUGGUUUCAAAUGACCUUUUGGACCUUUGUACGGUUAGAAGUCAAGAAAAUCGAGUCAUAGUAAAAGUCUGCGUUUCGUCCAUUGAUUGAAUACAACUCCGACCCCCCCGCCUUCUCUCUCCAAUAUCUAGUAUCUGAGCUUGCGAAUUGCUAGGAUCUUAACAAGGUUAUUUUUCGUGUCCACAAGUCAUACUUGUCCAUUGUUGUUGUGAUAAAGCAAAUGGCAAAAAUAAAUUUAUGAUAUGAAAA